AUGAAGAUCCUGGACUUCAUCCUGAUCCGCUGGAUCCACAAACAGCAGUUCUCCACUGCGCAGCUGCGGGCCUGGGGUAUGGCCCGAGCUUCACUUCUCCACAACGAUGUGCGCUUCCUCUUGGACCGCUUCGAGCAGGUGGUCAUGUCCUUGCUGAUCGUUUGCUUAGUCCUUACCACCGAUGCUGUGGUCCAGUACAUUGUCUGGAGCAAGCCGCCGAAUCUCUCCGCAGCCUACAUCAUCGUCGUGUUCGCCGUAUCAACAUGGCUUUGCAUCAAUGCAGCUGUCGGAUGUCAUUGCGCCCAACAGAAUCAUCUGAAGACGCUGGUAGAGAUGAAGGAGGCCUCGUUGCUCCAAGCAGUGGGCCCUGACCUGGAUUACGUCCGGUCCUUCAUUGAUGUGAUGGUGAAGAGACUCUCUUCAGGAGGCGACUACCAGACCAAGAUGCUCUACAUGCCUCUGAAUCCUGUGCUGCAGAAGAGCUUGCUGGCCUACUUCUGCACCUCCGUUCUUGCUGUCGCCGGAAAGAUCUUGUUCGACUCAUCUCUUUUCGGCGAGUAG